AUGGAUAUAACUUCAGAAAAAGAAAUUUUAGGUAACGAUGACAAUAAUUUAGAACCUAAAGUAGAAAUUGAAGAAAUUGAAAUUAAAACAAUUGGUAGCGAUAACAGUGAUAAUAUUCAUACUAGCGAUGUUAGAAGUAUUACUAGCAAGAACUUUUAUGAAGAGCCAUUAAAAUUCAACACAGAAAAUACAAAUACUAUUGAAUUAUUAGCAUAUAAUUACAAUGAUAAUAGAACAAAAGACGUUGUUAGCCCAACUCAAAAAUCGUCUUGUAUUCCACAUAAUGGAAAACUUGUAAAAAACAUAAUUUGUUCUCCAAAUUUAAAAUAUAUUGCAACCUUUAGUGAAGAUGAUAAUUCAAUCGUUGGAUGGUUACAUUUGGAAAAUAAUGGAACAUUAGAGCCGGAAACAUUUUAUGAUGGGUCACAACGAAAUGGUUUUAUAGCUUGUAUUGAAACAUUAUCUGAUGAAAAAUAUAUUGUUUUUGAAUCUAAUCAAAGUCAAUCUAAUUUUGCUAAUGAAUAUUUUAUAUUAUAUUUAGCAAAUAAUAAAUUUAUCAAGUUAUUGAACAAUCAAAAAAAACCAUUUAAUUUCGAACGUCCAACAUUUUUGACAAAUGGUGAUCUGUUUGUAAUUUCAUAUGAGAAUGAUCAAAUUUAUUUAUUUUCAUUAGAUCCAAACGAAGAAGUCAUAACAUGUAAAGCAGCAUACAAUAUAAGCUUACCGAAAUUAACAGCUUCUGAUAAUGUUGCAAAAUAUUUCAUCAUCUCAAAUUCAUAUUUAUUGAUCAACAAUGGCGAUACAAUGGCUUCGCAAUGGGAUUUAACAAAGAUGGAAUUUGAGUUUCAAUAUUUUUCAGAAAUUUUACUACCAAAUAAUUACUAUAGAUAUAAUUCAAAUGCUGCAAUAUUUAACAAGGAUAAAUCCUUAUUAGCAGUUUAUUUAUAUGUAGAAAAACAAUUAAUUAUUUAUUCAAUACAAUAUGGAAUCAAGUUAACAACAUUUACAUUUGGAAAAAGUAAAUGUGAUGAUAUGGCUUUCAUAUACACAAAAGAUAACACAGAGCAUUUAUUUGUAGUAUUACAAAAUGAAUAUGCUGACAUAGCCAACAAUUAUAUAUUAAUGGAUCCAUAUAAUUUAGAUAAUUAUACUGAUAUAAAUCAUUACGAUAAAGAAUCUGGCUAUUUAAAAUUAAAACUUAAAGUAGAAAAAUUGACAUUAUCAUUUGUGGAUGAAUAUGAUUAUUUUGAGCUGUGUACUCAUUUCUUAAUAAAUUGUAAAGUAUUAGAAAAUGAUGAUUUAUUAUUAAUCACAAGAUUAGGUAUAAUGAUAUUUUCAUCAAAUUUCAUUGCCAAGAAAAUUUAUUUAAAAUACUUUUGGAAUGAUUAUAUUGAACAAGAAAAGUAUUGGAUGAGACAUACAAGCAACAGCUAUUAUAUUAAAAAAAGAAUUUCCGAAGGUUUUGACAACUUUAAAAAAAAAAUAAAUAGGUUACCUUCACUUAAUUAUUAUUAUAUCUUUGAUAAUUAUAACCAAACUUAUAGCGGUAAAGAUAAAACUACAAGACAACCAUUCAAAGACAUGCUAUCUGCAAUAUUAGAAGAUAUUUCUUCGUUUACAAUUUUUGCUGACGAAAUCUUAAAAUCUGCUUUAGAUAAUCAUAAAGGCUCAAUAGUAGAACUAGUUUGUGAUAAAUGUCUAAGUUUUUUACAACAAAAUCCUGAAAUGAAUAUUGGAUUAACAACAUUUUUAGUAAAUGAAUUACCAAAAUUAAGCAAGCAUUAUCCCGGGGUAGUAAAGAAAUUUCUUGAGCAAACAUCAAUGUUGUUGGAUCCUUCUUGUGAUAAAAUUUUUGUAUCAAAUUUACCAAGUCAUUAUGGAUGCUGUUAUGACAUUGAUUUAUAUAGAGAUAAUCUUUUUUGGAAUCUAUAUUUUGUAUUUCAAAGGAAUUAUUAUAAAUUUAUGAAAAUAGUUGGAAAGUGUUUUGACGAAUAUUCAAUAUUUUCAAACAAUUAUGGAAAAUACUCUUUAAGUUUAGUUGUACCUUUACCAAAAUUUACAAACAAACGUGAAUAUCCUCCUAUAAUCUCAGAUAAAUUACGUGAAUUAGUAGGCAUUCCUGUGCAAAAAUAUAAAAAGGAUUUGUCAAAACAAUAUGAAGAAAUCAAGAAUGAAUUUAAAAAUUUACAAGUAAAUCAUGCAGAAUUAAAGAAUCAAUUUGAUGAAUUGAAAAAAGAGUUAAUUAAACAAUUUGAUAUUAAUAAUACUGAUUAUAAAAUUAUAAUUGAUGAUAUAUAUUGA